CACAAUGCCAGACACUAUGGCCCUCAGGCCUCCCUGCCACGGGGAUGCUGCCUUUUCUGCUCCGGGUGUUUCCACGAGGCAGGCAUGGAAUCUUCCCUGGACAAGCGACAUACCGUGGAGAGACAGCGGAAGACACCAUACAGUAAACACAGGAGCCUGCGAGAGAACCUCUGCCGAGCACCAGUGAACGGCCAAGUGACACGAGUGACACCAUGAGCUUGGUGCCCUCUCCAUCCCGCGCCAGAGGCGGAAGCCAGGCCCUUCCUCCCAGCCCAGACUCCUACAUCCCCAACUUGAGCCAUGGCACACAUGCUGGGCACUUACUCUGUGCGUAGCAGAGGGAGCUGAGCUGCAUCCAGAAACAGACCUAGGAGCUCACAGACCCAAGGCCUGGGUCUCCACCCCUGGAGGAGGGUGGUGCCGAGAGCAGGGCCCCCGGCUGCCACUGGCCCGGAGCUCACCGUGCAGGGGCAGCCCAGGCCCUCCGGGGAUGGCACUGGGGUGUCGGAGGCCAAGGAGCAGAAACAGCUGUGGAUGCUUCCCUCGGAGGACUGGGUGGGGCUGGGACCACCAGGACCUGCCCACCGCCUUCUCUAUGGGGCAUCUGGCUGUGUCUGGGAGUAUCUCGUGGAAGGGUCCUUUUUACCAUGUGGGAUCGGUGGUCCAGACUUGUCUGGGAGCCAAGGAUACCAGGCAUGUCAAGUAGGCUCUUCCAGAAGGUUUUCCCUCCUGGGAUGUCUGUGUCUCUGCCCCUCUCCUGCUGCCUGCCUCAGGAAGGGAGGGAGCAGAUGGGCUGGUGAAGUGAGCAAUGUCAGUCACAUGCAUGGACCGUCCAGGGCUCAUUCUGUGCUGAGGGUCCUCCCGUGAAUACGUGGCUCACCAGCGUCCCACCCCAUAGAGAAGGCGGGGGGCUGGCCCUGGCAGCCAGGGCUGGAGCGGGAGGAGGUUGACCAGGAGCAUGGGGGUGAGGGAGAGAGAGAGGGACCCCACUGUGCUGCCCUAGCACAAGGGACACUGGUCUUCCUGAUUCCUGGCCUUCCACGAGGUGGGACGUCCCUCCUUCUCUGGGCUCCUUCUCUGCCCCGCGGGGUUGUGGAUGCAGUAGGGACCUUCCACCUCAGGACCUCAGGAGCCGCAUAUGUGGUACACAGUGGGCCUCCUCGACAGCUGCUCAUGAGCAAACAGGCCCAACUCCUUCUGGUGGCAAAGACACAGACACACACAGACACACAAGCACACACAGACAGUGACAGGACAGAAAGGAACCUUCCCCGGGGUUUCCCAGACACACCCAGAUGUCUACCUCAGCUCUGCCCCAAGUCAGAGGAUUGCAGCAAUUCUUACCGCGAAGAGUGCUGGGGAAACCACGUCAUCAACCCCGAUCCUCUCGUUUUCAUUUCUGGGUUCUGACAACAGCCCCAGCUCCACGCCUUGAAACAAGUGACCGAAAAAUGGACAACAUGUAGUCACUCUGGGCAAAGAGGCCACCCCAGUGGGGGUAUGGGGGACAGAGGGCCCCACCCUGGGAGGACAGCACUGUCCCCUGUCCAAGGGCAGAUGCAGCCACCUCCUCCACCUCCCUAUUCCCCCCACCCUUUGUCCCCCCCGCCCCCCCAGCUUGGCCCCUUUGCUUGGAGAGAGCCUUUGGUUUUUUCAAUUACUUGCUUCUAGGAUGAGGAGGGCGGGGCUGUUGUCAGAGCCCAGAAUCAAAGCCAGAGGAGCAGGUGGACACUGAGGCUGUCCCCUCACCCUGCUCCACGGGCAAUGUUGAAGUGGGCAUCUGGGUGUGUCUGGGGUAUCCCAAGGAAGGGUCCUUUUCGUCAUGUCACUCUGUUGGGGGCGGGGCACAGGAGCAGGGAGCCCUUUCUCUCCCGAGCUCCUCAGACUCCCAGCUUCCCUGGGUCUCAUCUCAGAGCUUUGCCUACGACCUGGGAGCCCUGUGGGUCCAGGGGAGGGGACUGGACGCAGCCCCAUGACACUGCUCAGACCUGGGCUAGGAAAUGGAAGCCUGUGGUUCCUCUGGGCUAUAGGGGUCGGGGCCCCACAGUGAUGGCAGAGCCGGGACCUCAUACACAGCAGCAUGGACGCCAGACCCAAGCGGGACCUCCGUUCUGGUCCCAGGGUGACCUGGGCUGAAUGGCCCAGCAAUCAGGGACCACUUCAGGGUCCCUCUGCCCUGGUCUGUCCCUCUCACCCAGUCUGGACCCCUGUGGGGCACUUGCCCCGUCCCCAGUUUUCCUUACAGGGGACCUGGGCAAAGCCCAGGGAAGCUUGCACCUGUUAAGGAGGCCAUUCUCCUGCCUCCCCCUUGGGGAUCCAGUUUCUUUCUCUCCCCUUGGACCUUCCCCAGGCUCCUAUGGAAACUCCAGCAAGACCUGGUAUUUUAUCACAUUUUCACAUUUAUCGCAUUGAUUGUUCAGCCAACAUUCCAGGGACAGAAAUGGGGGAGGGGCUGUCCUUCCCCAGGAAAGGGUGGAAUCUCCUUCCGUCUUCCUUAUAGUUGGCCUAGGGAAGGUGCACACUCUUAACCACCCCUGGGUUCCCCUGAUGCCUUGAAGACCCUGCCCUGCCCUGGCUGCAGGGGGACCAGGAAGGGGCCAGUUGUGUCUGGGACAUUCCUGCCCGGAGAGAGUCAGGCCCUAGUGCACAGAAGGAUGUGGGUGUGGUCGGUGGGGGCACUGGCAGGGGGUGGGGCACAUAAGUCCCUGGGGAGCUCACUCAGAGGUUCCAGGUUGUGGCCCUUAUGGAAGUUCCUGGGUCCAGGGGCUAGAGUGAGACUGUUCCCCGCUCAUGUCUGGGCUGCAGACGCCCAACCAGUGGCUCCCCCUGUCCACCCUUGGCAAGGGAGGGUCCUGGCCUCCCUCUCUGCUAGUGGGGACCCCCCAACACCCUGUCUUCUCUCCUCUCUGGAGCCCUGCCUGGGUGCAUGGCUUGUACAGUGAGUUACUGAGAAUUGAACUCUGGACAGUAGCUGGGCCCCACUUUGCUUUAAACAUUUUAGUCUGAGGCCUUCUUUGUCAUCAAAUGAGAAGGUUCACAGAUGUGCAGAUGUGCUGAUAGUCUAACCUGACUGGUUUGUAAAACUAGAAAGAGAAACAGACAAUGUGCCUGUUUCUGUGAUGGGCCAUAAAGUGGAUCUUACAGAUUUGGAGACAUUCUGGAAGAUCUGGACCUGUCUGGAUCAGAGAGGGGAGGCAGGCAUGGGCCAGUCAUGAAUCCAGUGGGGCCUGGGCCGGCUGGGGCAGCAGGGAGGAGGAUGUGCCCAGGGUGGGUGAGCUGGGGAGACCCUGGAACCCAAGGCUGAGGACCCAGAGCCAGGAGACGCAGGAGACGCCCCAGGGAUGCUGAACAAAGCGCUGUCCCCUGUUGCAGCUCUCCUGGGUCUCCCCGUAGAAAGCUCAUGUGGGGGCUGUCCUGGCCAUGGGUCCAGGGGUGUAUUUGCUCCAGGGGCAUUUGAUGCAUUAUUGAGCCAGGGGAAAGGCCAUCACACUCUGGGCAGCAGGAGCCACCGGGAAGGGUUGGGGAAGGGUUGGGUCCUCCCAAAGUUGGUACAGGUGUGGUCUCUGGCCCAGGUGGGCUGUGGGUACUGCGGGGCGUCCCGCUGUGUGUGCCUCGAGUGUGAACUGGGAAGGGUGGCCUCUGGUCAGACUCACAAAACACACCAAGAUGAGCUCACACCGGAACCACCUGAGACUCAAAUGGGAGUUGACAGCCCCCAGGGGACAUCUUCUUGACUAGAAGAGUCCAACAUCUGGAGACAGAAUGGGAGGGGUCCUCACGGCAGAGAACAGGGCCUCCUCUAGUCUGUGGCGCCCACCAAAAUGGCAGGGACACUGUGCUGAGGUGGGAGGAUUGCUGGCCAAAGACAGGGGGGUCUAGUAAGAGCCAGGACAGGGGAGCAGGCAGGACAGGGGACAGCCCCUGGGCCCACAGGGCCAGCACCUUCCAGGGGCAGCUGUGCUGGGUGUAGCAGGUGGACCUGGGAAAGGACGGCGCCAGACCUGCCCCCAGGACUCAGGGGCUCACUUGGGGCAGGAGCACAGUGUCCCUCACAUUUCUGCAGGGCCCAGAGGUGGGAGAAAGGGCACAGGGUGGCCCUUCUGACAGAGGGGUGGGGGUGUGUCCCUGCUGUGGACUCUGUUUCCUGGGAGGGCCUGGAUCUCUAGGUACCUUUCAGAGCCUUUAGCAUCUCCUCUGGGUAAUGGGGAUGAAAACACUCGUCCCUCUAGUUUACAAUUAUUAGAUACACUGAUGCAUAGGAGGAUGCAGUACCUGCUGGUCUCCCAUCUCCACAGCCAGGGAAGAAGAUGCAGGACCCUAACAGAGAGCCCAGGAUGCAGCAGGUGCCAGGGAGCCUGGACCAGGCACAUCCUGCACUGGCCACAGGGGAGGACACAGGGGUGGCUGUCCUGGAGCCUGCUCUCUGGACCGCUGAGUGUUAUUCAGGGUCUUUCUCCAGGGUGUGGACACCUGUCUUCUCACCUGCCCCCUGGUCUCCUGCCUUCCAGAUUCCUGUGGCCCACAGGGAGCAAAGUGUGGCCAGGCCUACAUCCCCAUUGUCACUCCACAGUGUCUGGUGGUUCAGUGGUCAGAGUGGGCACAUCAAAACCAAAGCUUGCCCAGAGGCAUGGCAGAGAACUUCCUUGUUCUGACGCUAAUGAGGGUGGCACGCUCGGCCUGAGCUGGAGAAGGGGUGGGGCAGGGUAUCGCUGACUCAGCAGCUUCCAGGUUGCUCCGAUGAUAUAUUAAGGCUCCUGAAUCCUAAGAGAAUGUUGGUGAAGAUCUUAACACCACGCCUUGAGCAAGUCGCAAGAGCGGGAGGACACAGACCAGGAACCGAGAAGGGACAAGCACACGGAAGCCAGCCCAGCAUCCGGGCCCAGACACUUGAUGGACCCACACAUAUUCACUUCCAACUUUAACAACGGCAUUGGAAGGCGUAAGACCUACCUGUGCUACGAAGUGGAGCGCCUGGACAAUGGCACCUCGGUCAAGAUGGACCAGCACAGGGGCUUUCUACACAACCAGGCUAAGAAUCUUCUCUGUGGCUUUUACGGCCGCCAUGCGGAGCUGUGCUUCUUGGACCUGGUUCCUUCUUUGCAGUUGGACCCGGCCCAGAUCUACAGGGUCACUUGGUUCAUCUCCUGGAGCCCCUGCUUCUCCUGGGGCUGUGCCGGGCAAGUGCGUGCGUUCCUUCAGGAGAACACACACGUGAGACUGCGCAUCUUCGCUGCCCGCAUCUAUGAUUACGACCCCCUAUAUAAGGAGGCGCUGCAAAUGCUGCGGGAUGCUGGGGCCCAAGUCUCCAUCAUGACCUACGAUGAAUUUAAGCACUGCUGGGACACCUUUGUGGACCACCAGGGAUGUCCCUUCCAGCCCUGGGAUGGACUAGAGGAGCACAGCCAAGCCCUGAGUGGGAGGCUGCGGGCCAUUCUCCAGAAUCAGGGAAACUGAAGGAUGGGCCUCAGUCUCUAAGGAAGGCAGAGACCUGGGUUGAGCAGCAGAGUAAAAGGUCUUCUUCCAAGAAAUGCGAACAGGCCGUUCACCACCAUCUCCAGCUGCUCACAGACGCCAGCAAAGCAAUAUGCUCCUGACCAAGUAGAUUUUUAAAAAAUCAGAGUGGGCCGGGCGCGGUGGCUCACGCCUGUAAUCCCAGUACUUUGGGAGGCCAAGGCGGGUGGAUCACGAGGUCAGGAGAUCGAGACCAUCCUGGCUAACACGGUGAAACCCCGUCUCUACUAAAAAUACAAAAAGUUAGCCAGGCGUGGUGGCGGGCACCUGUAGUCCCAGCUACUCGGGAGGCUGAGGCAGGAGAGUAGCGUGAACCCAGGAGGCAGAGCUUGCAGUGAGCAGAGAUUGCGCUACUGCACUCCAGCCUGGGCGACAGUACCAGACUCCAUCUCAAAAAAAAAAAAAAAAACCAGAAUGAAUUAAUUUUAAUUGAAAAUUUCUCUUAUGUUCCAAGUGUACAAUAGUAAGAUUAUGCUCAAUAUUCCCAGAAUAGUUUUCAAUGUAUUAAUGAAAUGAUUAAUUGGCUCCAUAUUUAGACUAAUAAAACGUUAAGAAUCUUCCAUAAUUGCUUUUGCUCAGUAACUGUGUCAUGAAUUGCAAGAGUUUCCACAAACACUAG